AUUUUCCUUGCCUGUUGCUUUCACUUCCUUCUGUCUCCUCUCAACCUUAAAGGUAAAAUAUUCAUUGAACUCUGUCAUUUACUGAGUUAAGCAGCUUUCAACCGGUCCUUAAAUAAGGUUUGUGUUUUUGUCAAGAUGUCUAACCCUGAGACUCAGUACCAGCCUCUCGUUGGAACUCCCAGCCAGACAGCCGUCAAUGUCCCAGCACAGGGCGGUCGCCCCUCCCGGGCCUAUAAGAUGGCAGGUUUGACUCUGCUGGCCUGUGUCCUGAUUGUGGGCCAGGCAAUGAUUGCGUACUUCCUCCUCAGCCAGAAAGGUGACAUCAAAUCUCUGCAGGAGCAGAACAACAACCUGCAGUCUCAGCUGUCGAAGGGGAGAUCUGUUUCAGCUCCCAUGCGCAUGCAGAUGCCCAUGAAUGCUUUGACUGAGCUGGUGGAUUUCUCAGAGGAGAAGGAUUCUUCCACUGGGACCCCAGAGAAAACUGAGGGUACUGAAUGCCAGCAGGAGGCAGCUGGUAUCAAACCUGUGCCUGUGCCUGGUUACCGACCCAUCUGUGAUGAGCGUGGUCUGUAUCAGCCCCAGCAGUGCUUCAUGGGUAAAUGCUGGUGUGUGAACCCUGCCAGCGGCCUGCAGAUCCCUGGAUCACUGAAGCGUGGACCAGCCAACUGCGGUGUAAACUUCCUUAUUGGCGGUCACAACAGAGUGUUGACUCUGCCAGUUGCUGACGCUGAGGAGUAAAACUGUGGUGAGUACAAACAAGCUGAUGGAAUCUACCAGAGACCAGCAACAGUCAAACAUCGGUUUGAAUCAUAUUACAACAACUUGGUGGGCGUAUAAUCAAAACCAUAUUAACUGCAUUAGGUUUCGCUUUUGCUUACAUCUUUCUUCCUUUUUUAGCGUUUGGAGAAGUUAAGGAUUAACAUUAUUAUUUCAGGUUUAUAUGUAUAUUUUUGGUUUCCUUCAGACUUCAAAGAUUUUCUAUAAUUUGAACCCUGACCAUGGUCAGUUUGCUAAAAGGAAAACGUUUUCUAAGUUUGAAAGUGUCUAAAGAACUGAACAUUGGAAAAUAAAAGCAGGAACCAAGAGCAGCAAAUGUACCUGUUAGUUAUGAGUUAUUUUACUGAAAAGGCAUUAAGCAAUUAAAUAUGGACUUUCCACACCAUCUUACUUUUUUCCUUUUUUUUCCUUUUUGAGAUAAACAAAGACUUAGGGUAAGGGGAUGAAGACGAAUUCAAAACAUUGACUCACAUUUGAACACAACAACCAGGAAUGAUAGAUAACUGUACUUUCCCACAUUUAUUUGAACACCCAAAAUAAAACUUUUAACAACG